CGCACACCGGAAGUGACUUGUGGAAUGGACACGGCUCGUCGGCUAACUAGCAGCAUGAGUGGAAUCACGCUGUUUUUCUCUCGGGGAGCGGGUCUCCGCUCCUGGACAUGUCCUUUUCUCCUUCUGCUGACAUUUUCAUCGUCGCUGCCAGCCUCGGCCAAGCCCGACAGCCUCAAGGACGUGACGGACGGGGACUGGGAGAAGAUAAUGACCGGAGAAUGGAUGAUUGAGUUCUACGCGCCCUGGUGUCCUGCGUGCCAGCAGCUGCAGGCGGUGUGGAAAGAGUUCGCGGACUGGGGGGAUGACAUGGGCAUCAACGUCGCCAAGGUGGAUGUGACAGAGCAACCUGGUCUGAGUGGGCGAUUCAUCAUAACUUCACUUCCUACAAUAUAUCACUGCAAGGAUGGCGUUUUCCGCAAGUACCACGGCGCUCGUACCAAAGAAGAUUUCCUCAGCUUCGUCGACGAACAGAAAUGGAAAAACACGGAGCCCAUUUCUUCGUGGUUCGGGCCGUCCUCAUUUUUGAUGAACUCGAUGUCGGCUUUGUUCAAGCUCUCCAUGUUCAUCCGACGUUGCCAUAACUACAUGACGGAGCAGCUGGGGAUUCCUGUUUGGGGUUCAUAUGUCAUCUUUGGCCUGGUCACCUUGUUUGCUGGCCUGACGUUGGGUCUUUUGCUAGUGUUCAUCGCAGAUUACGUCUUUCCUUCCCGACGAUUUUCCUCACACGAUUACUACCAGAAGAAACAGUCAAUGGAGCAGUCCCGACUGAUCCAGAAUCAAGACGAGGACCAGGAGGCUGACGGCGAGGAGGAUGACGACGAGGAGGAGGAAGAAGACCAGGGCAGGGCCUGGAGAAGGCAAAGGCAGUCCCCCGAGGGCCAGGGCUACCCCGACGAAGCCCUGAGGAAGAGAGCGGUGGCAAGCCGCGAGGAAGACGAGGAGGACGGCUAGAGAGUCGGCGCGGGAUUCCCGUUCUUUGUUCGAUAGGAGCACAGUGGAGUCAGCCGGAGAUGGAGGAGCUGUGGUUCUGAACAGCAGUAUUAAGAAGGAGGGGUCCAGAAUCUUCCCACCCCCAACCCAAGACGCACCCCACUGUACUCCCCUCCCUCCUCUGUUAAAAGCGGGGGACUUCUACCUCGGCUCUCUCCACCUGAGCAGCAGGCUCCAACUGGAACAACAACAAAAACUUUCCUCACACGUGUUUUUACGUGCGGCGUAGGUAUGAAGUGCAGUACAGACGAACUUUGAUUCGCUGUUUUAUGCUAUGCAUUGUUUUUCAAAAAUAGUUUUUUUCUUCUUCUUUGAAUUCUAACAAGUUUUGGUCUGUGAAUUUCACUCUACAAAUGGGUCAUUUCAUUCUGCACACAUAAACACACACAAACAUCAUUCGGCAUUCUGCUGGUAGGCUAGUUUUAAUUCUUAAUAUGUCAAAUCUAUCUAGCUUCAUCAUAUUCACGUGAAAAUGCUGAUGUUUAAAAUGGGAACAAUUGCCACAGGUUUAAGUUCAGUUCAAAUUAAACCUCUGGAUGAUUAAUAUGAAUCUGGACUUUGGUGUGUGGCAAACGUCUUAAAGUAAACUAGAUUUGAUUUAAUAUGAAUGCAGCAACGACCAAAGACGUUCAAAACUACAGUUUGAAGUCUGAGCAGCUCUCCGCACACAGCAGAUGAUCUGCGGCUGCAGCUUCCUUCCCGGUUUACGACGUAAUGCUUUACUGAUUAAAGUUUCGCUUACCGUGUUCCAGUAAAGACAGAAUCGAGUAACAUAAAAAACGAAAAACCAUGAAAGCAGCACUUGUGUAACUUAAGAUGAACCACGUGCAAUAAAAUGUAUUAAGCCUCUGGUUUAAAAAAAAAACAAAAAAAACACAGGAAGUUAUGAGGCAGGAACUCCUUUAAUGUAAGAUGUUCAGUUGUCACGUAAGUUUGAGUUGCAGUGUAUAUAUUUUACUGAAAUUUUCACCAUAAGCACAUUCAGACUUUUUUUGGGAGAAAAAAACAUUUUAUUCACUCCAAACGUAGUACAUGGUGUGUUCGUACUGCUUGGACAUGGAUUAUGUUGCUGUCAUUUUCUGUUCUAAUGUUUUCAGGGGUUUUUGUUUUUUUGCUGUUAUGAAUGUUUACUUUAGGAACCUCCUAAAUUGCUGCUGACCUGCAGCUGAGGCAGCAGACUGUAUGCAUGCUGAAAGGCAAUAAGAAAGGACAAAGUGAGGGGGGAUGCCAUGAGGGUCUGGUUUGCAGUGCUGUAUACAGUUGAGAGACUUUGUCUAUUUAAGUAUUUUUUUUAGUAUUUUCUUUUUUCCAAAAAUUCAAGCAUCUGAUUCAAAGUUACAAAAAUCACUCGUUGCUAGAAAAAGGUGUGUCUAUCGUUUCACCUGCAUUUUCACACACGUCUCAUUGUUUUUCCAGGACUUGUGAUGAACUUCACGGACUAUUGACACACACAAAUAUUUUCUAUAAUCUCCUUAAAAACGGAUUCGUUCAUUUGGAAAUCCCACAAUUGGUCAGUUGUUUUUUUUUUUUGUUGUUUUUUUUCCUGAUCGUUAUUUAAGGCUUGUAGCAUUUUCACUCCACUCCGGGCAGCUUCUGCUCUUCAUUUCUUUGAAUAAAAGUUUAACAAUAAAAACUUUAUAAAACAA